AUGAUGGAUACCGCUGUUAGCCCACUAUUCGAUCCCGAUAUAGAAGCCAUUUUAUGCACUCUCUUAAUGACAGUUUCUCUUUUAGCAGGCUUGGUGAUUAUCUUUGUUGCAUUCCUAAUUAUACGUAUCGAGUACAUCGUACCUUGGCCAUGGGCUGUUGUUUGGAUUCCAGCUUGGAUUAUCGAUGGCAUCAUUUUUGUCUGCAUUUUUUAUAUUAUGUCGAAACGGAUGAAAAAAAGAAAAAAGCAGAAGAAAGAUGGCUAUAUUCACCAUAAUAGACAGUUCAAUGAUUGUCUGAUUGUCAUUUACUACAUACUCGCAUUGUUAUUUCAGAUAUUCAUCGUCGUUCGAUUGGACGAGCAAGUGACUUGGAGUGCAUUUCAAAUAUUUAUCCCUUACUUCAUAUACGAAGGUGUUCAGUUACUGUUGAAUAUUCCCCUCGCAGCAAUAAAAUGCAUCAGCCAAAUAUUACUCUUAUCAGCCAACAGUAGUCACCCUGAACAUAACAAUACUUUCAGUACAACUGUUAUAACAUGUCUAUCAGUUUUAUGGCAUCAAUUUUGGAUUCAGGCACUUCGAUUCUGUUUAUUUCUACUGAUUGUUCUGCGCAUUCAACAAUCUAUACAAUGUUCAUGGGGCAUCGUUUUUAUCCCUCUCUAUUUAUUUGCUUUAAAAUGGGCUUUGCAACUUGGAUAUCAAUACUAUUAUUAUUCAAGAAGACUGCCUCAACAACCUGAAAUAGCUCAGCAGGGCAAAACAAGUGUCCUGAUUGGACUGGGCGUCUACGCCAUUAGCACUCUAUUAUCUUUUAUUUUAUGUUGCGCCAGUUGUUGUUUACCAUGUUUUCUUCGUGUAUCACCUGCAACAGAUGCAGAUUUGCUUGAAGCACAACCGUUUAUUGUCGUCAAUGCAAACAAACGCAUUACCGCUUUUGGUGAAUCUUCUUCGUCGUCUUCUGAGGUUAGAAGCGGUAGUAGUGUCCCAACAUUGUUAAUGGAGGCUACCACAGGUUGCAUCGACUCUUUAAUAGCUAAUAGUUGCUUAGCACGAAAAGCUUCAUAA